AUGGAUAGAUCAAGUAGUGUAUCUCGUAUAGCAACAGCUACAACACCACUUAUUGGAUCAGUCUAUGAUCGGACUUGGUCUUAUGUAGCAUUUGUUUGGCUUGGUCUAGGUACUGUUCUACCAUUUAAUUUUUUUAUAACAGCUGAUCCUUAUUUUCGUCAUAAAUUACAUGAUCAAUCUACACCUAAUAUAUCUAUGUCUCGUCUUGAAUUAUAUUAUGAAAAUUCCGUAACAAUAUGUGCAUCAUUUACAAAUUUAAUUACAGCUAUAUUAGUUACAUUUAUUUGUGUUCCAUAUAUACAUAAAUAUAGAAUAUAUACAUCAUUAUGUGGUAUAACAAUAUGUUUAUCUGUUUGUCUUUCAUUAACGUUUGUUAAUGUUAAAAAAUGGCGUGAAAUAUUUUUUGCAAUAACAAUGAUAUUAGUUAUGAUACAAAGUGUUUGUAGUACAACGUUACUCAAUUGCUUCUUUUCAUUAGCAUCAACAUUACCCAGUCGAUAUAUUCAAGGAUUUGUUUCUGGUCAAGCACUUGGUGGUGUUUUUGUUGUUACAUGUUCAAUAAUAUCAAUAUUAGUUUCUAGUAAUACAUCAACAUCUGCUUCAAUUUAUUUUCUUCUUGCAAUAUUAGUGAUAAUAUCAAAUAUAAUAGUAUAUUCUUUUCUUGAAAGAACGCAUUUAUUUCAAAUCUAUUCAUCGGCGGUACAAGAAAUUAACAAUGAACAUGAAGCAUUUUUUCAUGAAUCAUCAUCUUAUAAUGAUGAUGAUGGUAAUUCAUUUAAUAUAACAUCAUUAGUCGUACGUCAACGUUUAUCUAUAGCAUAUAAACAUGUAAAAUGGAAUUUUUUUGGAUUAUUUUUAACAUUUGUUUCAACAUUAUCAUUAUUUCCAGCAUAUUUAGCAAAAAUUCAACCAGCUUAUCCAUCAAUUAAUCAUUUAAAUCCAUUAUGGACUGUUCGAUUAUAUGCACAAGUAAUGACAUUUCUUUUAUUUUAUAUUGGUGAUACAUUUGGACGUAUAUUAUCAUCAAAAAUUAAUAAGCCAUCAAUGGAACAUCCACGUCUUUUAUUUUUUAUAUGUUUAGCAAGAUUUUUAUUUAUAAUUUUAUUUGGUUUUUGUCAUUUUCCAAAUACCAAUGGAUUUCCCUAUAUAUUUAAACAUGAUGCUAUUUAUGCUAUAUUGGUUUUAACUUUUGCUAUAUCACAUGGAUAUUGUAAUUCACUUAAUUUAAUGUAUGCACCACGACGAGUUCAUGCACAACUGAGUAGUACAGUUGGAGCACUUAUGACAAUGGCACUUACUAUGGGUACUUUUAUUGGUUCAAUAUUAUCCUAUGGUAUCGUAACUAUGUAUGGCGAUAGUACAUAA